UAGAUUUUCAUGCGUAACUUUAAAAUACUUGCAGUUUUAUUCUUGAAAAAGUGUGCAAAAAAGAACAUACUUGUAUAAGAUUUUAAUUGAUGUAAGCUAAAGUAAAUAACGUUAUGGCAACAAAAUCAGACAAUGACGAAAAACGGAAAAAACUUUUUAAACCGGAAACGUAUAAAAAAAGAUCAGGGACCAAUGAUUCUGGAAAGGAAUUCGAAUACAUGAUGUGUGCGUUAUAUGCCUUAAAACUAACUCUAAACAAAAACGUCAGUGAUUUUAAAAUGACAGCAAACAACGACGAAUACGGGGCUUUUGACGACAUAUCUUUAAAGAUAACAUUCACAAAUGGAGAAUCAAAACUCUUCCUCCUACAACUAAAACAUAAAGAAAGUAAGGAUCGAAAUAUAAACUCGACAAAUCUUGCAUCUCUAAAUCAAGAUUUUAGUUUAAUAAAAUAUAUAAGUUCGUUUGAAAAACUUAACGUUCAGAGUACAACUUGCAUCUUGUACACAAACUGUGGAAGUGGAACUAAUAAAAAAAGCAUCAAGGGCCAAAAUUUUAAAAUUCCUUUAAAACCACAAGCUCCACCGAAACAAAACUUUCAACAAGAUGUGAAGAUCGACUACGAACCAGAUUUUAUUAAUCUUCUAGUCAAAAGAAGUGCUGACACGGAUAUAUCAAUAAAUAUUCAAAAGAAAAAAAGGAGAGUAUCAUCUGUUCAGAAAGACGACAAAUACCAUGAGUCAAACUUUAUGCGUAUUGUAGUAGAUAAAAAUAAGCUACCUGAUGAUGGAAACCUAACCAUAAAUAUCACGACAACGAAAAAUAAAAAUGCGAAAGAACGAGUUUCUGCUAAUGUAGGGGUAGAAGAAGAAGCAUCUUCAGACAACGACGUUAUAGUUUGCGUUAAAAAGCAGGCAAAAAAAUCAACUGCACAAACAAAAACAGAGACAGAUGAAAAACAAGACAGAUAUUUAGAUGUUACUGUGAGGGAAGGCAAAUUAUCAGACCCAGAAAACGAAAUAAUAAAUACCAAUCAAGACAAAGAAGGAAAUAGUUCCAGUGUUUUUCAAUUUGAAAUUUUGGGAGAUAAUGGCAUAUUAAAAAAACUAGAAGAUUUUUCAAAAAACUUUUAUCUUUUAGUUAAUCAACAGAACGUCGAUACAGUUAAAGGAACCCUUAAAGAAAUGUUACUCAAGGAAUUAAAUCAAGAUAUUUAUAAUUCUUUCGUGUGUUUUAUAAACAACUGGUGGUCUCGAAGAUUUGUUCUGACGAAACAUACCGUCAUUUGCAAAUUAGUUGAACUAUCGCUUUCGCCUUGGUGUCAAAAAAUUUCUUCAAGUAAAAUAAACCAGAAAGGUAAUCUUCUUACAAAAGUAAUAAUGGAAUUCGAAAUGACUAUCGUCAAAAACGUCCAGAACGAUAUUGUACAGGACAUAUGGGACACUUCAUGUGAAGAUAGAGAAGAUUUUAACAGAGCAAAACAGUUCCUUAUGGGUGGGUUAGAACUAACUCCUGAACAAGAAGAUAAAGUUUGGUGGUAUUUGAAUAAAGUUCCUUUAAUUGUUGCAAUGCAUGACCACAACAAGGAUCAAAUAAAACGAGCGAUAACUCUAUUCGAACUAGAUACGUAUGGCACGGAAAAGAAGAAAAUUGUUUUUUUAGGAAAUGUAAAAAAGGACGAUUUUCCACAGUGGAAUGUUUUCGAUAAUCUGUGUGAUAUCAAAAACGAGAACGUAUAUCAGCAAAUUAUUUCUACUUUCUACGUGUCUCUGCAAGGGAGACAAGAAAUUAAUCUUGAGAAACUAGAAAUUAAGGACGUUGAAGUGAACGAAUUGUUAGAGAUGACACAGAAGCAGUUUUUGUCGGUGGACGAGCAGGACAGGAAACUGCCGGUUUCAUAUAUCUCACGAACUUUAACCUCAGUUUUCCUGGACACGAAUAAAAUGAUAGAAUAUCUAGCUUCUACAGAAGAUUGUAUAAUAAUUAUUAAUUGCGACGAACGUCUGCAAACAUCUUUUGACAUCAAAAACACAUCUGUGAUAGAAUUUUCUCAAUUUUUUGAAAAUUAUGAUGUGUCUUCGACCGAGAAUACAGUUUUACUGUGUACUAACCGCAAAUGUUCGUAUUCUGAUUUUGAUGAUGUUUACAAAAAAGUUACAAAUUGUGAAAAGUCAUUUCACAUAUAUUUACUCCAAACUGUCGACAACGGUUUUUGUACAAUCCUUAACAAACGAGGACAUAAACUACCUAUAGAUGAUCUAAAAAUAGAAUACAGCGUUACAGAAAACGUUUUCUUUAGGUAUUUUAAUAAUCACCUGAACGUUUUUUGUGCCCCACCAGGAAUGGGAAAAUCGACUUUGUUGGUUUAUCUGAGUAGAUGUUGCCCGUCCGAUUUCUGGUGUUUACUUGUUAGACUAAUCGAUUUUAAUCCGUUUUUGAGAAGCAAACCCGAUAAUAAAGAAAUGUUACGCUGUUUCAUGCACGGAAAGUCUUCGACAAAUGAAACAUUUGAUUCACACUUAAAGAACGCGUUUUUAAAAACGAAAAAAAUCUACGUUCUGCUAGACGGUUUGGAUGAAGUAGACAGUGCACAGUUUGAUCUGGUGGUGAAUUUUUCCAAGUGGAUCUUAACUCAAGGUGGCUACAUAUGGAUUUCAUGCAGAGAAAAUUUACGUGAUAAAGUUACGUCGUCAUUACACGCAGUAACUGUUGAUAUAAAUGAACUUACUUUCGAAGAACAACAACAAUAUGUCAAGAAUAGACUGGACAAAACUUUUGAAGACGAGGAAUUGCAAAGGAUUAUUAACGUAGUGUUCGCGAGUUCCAAAAUCAUGAUCAAAAACCAACAACUACUAGCAAUCCCCUUGCAACUGUAUAUUAUCACCGAAAUUCUUUGCACCGACGCCCGAGUUUAUGAAAGUAUAAAUGAGAAAAACUUCUUCGUUCUAACAAAACUCUACAAAAUAUUUUUCGAGGGCAAGAAAAGUUUCUUACACGAGAAAAUCGGUAUAGCCCAUCAAGAUGAACACAUCGGUUACAGAUUCGAACAUCACCUGAAACUGUACGAGAUUCCUGCUUUGAGAACUGUCUUAGACGAAAAUGACUACCAGAAGUUGGACAUUAAUGACAACGAAACUCAAAGAUACUUAGAAGAUUUAAAACGAGUAGGAGAAAAAUUUGGAAUUAUCAAUCACGUUUCCGAAGACAACAGAGUCAUUUUUAACCAUCAAACCUACGCCGAAUAUUUUGCUUGCGCGUGGUUCCUGCAAAAUCUGAAUAAGUUACGUUUGCUCCAAGACGUUAUAUUUUUAGACAAAUAUGCCAACUUACGAAUGAUGUUUGAUAUUUUAAUGGCGGAGGAGUGUCCUUUGCAUCUGGCUGUGAUUUACGGAAAUGUUAAUCAAGUUCAAGAAUACGUUAAAGACAGCGAAUUAGAAGAUGCAGCGGGCCGGAAAGCUUUACAUCUAGUGUGCACUUAUGGCGCCAAAUACCAUCAAAUCGACAGAAAACUCGACAAUUUUACUUUUGACGAUUAUCGCCUGCAUCGAGAAUCUUCCACUUACAUGCGCAUAUUAGAAAUUCUCUUGAGAUAUUGUCAAAAUAUUUCCAAAAGUGAUGGGUUAUUCAAUUUUACGUGUUUUGAUUAUUCAAGCGCAUCUGGAUGUUUAUAUCCAUUUGAAACUUUGAUCUACAAUGGGCUCUUAACUUUUCAACAGUUGGAAGAGAGUCUCUACAGAAAUUUUGAUCCUGUGACUGUAGUUUUCUAUGCUGCUCAAAUGGGUUAUCGUAACUUGCUUUACGAACUUACCUUACAAAAUCCAGAUUUGGUAAAAAGUGAUAAAUUUGCCCAUAUCUCUCUUCUCCGUGUUGCAGUAAUUGGUUGCAAGAACGAUGUAUGUACCGUGGAAAGAAAGGGUAAUGUGGAAGUUGUUGACAUUUUGUUGCAAAAAUCCGAAAACGUAAAUGCUGAAGAUACAUACAAACGCAGUAUAUUGGAUUAUGCUUGUCAGUAUGGAUGUUAUGACAUGUUGAGCAAAUUAUUGGAAUAUGGUGCUAAGUGUACCGGUGGAAACGAUACCGUUCAUGUGAUGGCAAAAUAUGGUACUUUAAAUGAAGAAACAGUGAAGCUACAUAGUGACCUAAAUGCUGCUAACAGAGAAGGAACAACAGCUUUGCAGUUAGCAUGUGAAAAUGGUCACACUGAAGUUGUUAAGACGCUUCUUCAAAAACAGAGCAGUGCAAAUACAACAAAUAAGGAAGAAAUGAAUGCGCUACAUUUUGCCACAAAAUCGAAGAAAGACAACACUGAAGUCAUUAAAUUAUUGUUGACGCAUAAGGUUGACAUAAACGCUAAAAACAUGGACGGAAGUACUCCUUUGCAUCUAGUUUGUAGUCGUGGGCAUCUCCAAGCAGCAAAAAUCCUAAUUCAAAAUAGUGCCGACAUUAAUGCAGUUGAUAAGAAGAGUAAGAAUGCUCUGCACUACGCUGCAGUAUCAAAAGACGAUAAUUCUGCUAUCAUAGAACUCUUAGUUCAUAUGGGUUUGGAUUCUAGUAAUAAGGACGACAAUGGAAUGACUCCGCUGCACAUAGCUUGUUGCCAGUGGCAGGCCAGAAAUGUCCAGGUGUUACUGAAAUCUAGCAAUGUCAAUAGUGCUGACAAUAACGGUAUGACCGCACUACAUCACGCCGUCAAAACUUGGAAUAAUAACAUAGAAGUAAUAGCUUUAUUAACUUCUAAUGACAAUAUUAACGUCAAUGCUCAAGAUCAUCUAGGGAAAACACCACUACAUCUUGCUUGUGAAGAAAAUCAGGUAGACAACGUACGAAUAUUGUUAGACAAAGAUGCCAACGUAAACAUUCUAAGUAAGGAAAAUAUGAAUGCUUUACAUUAUGCCUCCAACUCGUGGAAAGAAAAGGUAGAAAUUGUGAAUUUGCUAAUAGAUCGACAUAUUGAUGUUAAUGCAAAAACUAUAAGUGGAACAACUGCUUUGUUUCUUGCAUAUGACAGAGGUAAUAUUAACAUUGUUCGAGUUCUAUUGAAGAAAUGUCCAAAUAUUGACUUGAUUGAUCAAAGGAAGAUGAACAUUUUACAUCACGCUACUAAAUCAACAAUCGAUGAUGAUGAAAUAUUAUGUUUGUGUAAAGAAAAGGGAAUUGACGUGAACGCCCAAACUGAGAAAGGAAAAACUGCAUUACAUUUUGCCUGUAAGCAGGGAAAGAUUGAAACAAUUAAAACUCUCAAAACUCUUGGAGCUGAUGUGAACAUGAGAGACAACGAAGGACGGAAUGCAUUACACCACGCCAUAUUGUCCACAUAUGAAAAUCCAACCUUGAUCACAUUGUUGAAAAGUUAUGAUAUUGAUCUAGACGCCAGAAACACUAAAGGUGUGACACCUUUACACCUAGCAUGUGCUGAAAAUAAAGUAGAAAUGGCAAAAACAUUACUUGAUUUAGGAGCUGAUGCUAAUACUGUAGAUAACCUGAAACAAAAUUCUCUGCAUUAUGCAGCCGCAGCAAAACAAAGUACAGACACAAUGAAUUUACUGCUUGAUAGUGGUGCAAACGCAAAUGCGCAAGAUGCGAAAGGAACGACUCCACUGAGUAUUGUGUGUAAAAAAGGUCAACUUCCAAAUGUUGAGAUCUUACUUCUGCGUAAAGUUGAUGUUAAUCUUAUCGACAGGGAAGGCUUCAGCGCACUACAUCAAGCAACCCAAUUUUGGAAAGAUAAUACAGAAAUUAUCAGUUUGUUGUUAGAUAAUGGUAUAAAUGUCAAUGCCACAAACAACAAAGGAAGAAAUGCUUUACAACUUUCGUGUAAAGAAAACCAUAUUUGUGAUGUUAAGACGUUACUACAAAGAGGUGCAAAUCUACAUUCCGUCGACAAACAGGGAAUGUCUGCUUUGCACUAUGCGGCUAGUUCUGAAGAAGACAGUGUGGAAAUAAUCAACUUGUUAGUAACUAAUGGUCUGUCAACAAAUCAGAGAAACAUGUAUGGCGAGACUCCAUUACAUCUUGCGUGUAAAAGUGGAAACGUGAAGAAUCUGAAAGAACUGUGCAAGAACGGGAGAAAUCUUAACGAAAUCACUUCUUCAGGAAAAACCGUCUUACAUUAUGCAGCAGAAUCAAAAAAUGUGGAAAUGUUAAAAUACGUUCUAUCCUUUGAAUCUGAUAUUAAUGCAAGUGAUAAUCUGGAUGUCAGUGUAUUACAUGUGGCAUGCCAACAUGGAAGUUAUGAUUGUGUCAAACUGCUAAUUGAUCACAACGCUGACGUUCACGCCGUUACUAAUACAAAGAAAACCGUCUUGCAUUAUGCGGUGUUAUCAAAAGAAACUGCAGAGAUUGGCGAGAUAAUAAAUUCUUUACUUAAUGCAGGUGUGGAUGUAGAAACUAAAGAUUUGAAACACAGAAAUGCAAUUGUGUAUGCAGUGCAGAAGAAACGUUAUCAAGUGAUAAAAAUUUUCAUUCAACUCAAUAAGUUUUCACUCGUUUUUGAGCACGAUACUGAAGAUUUUCUGUACUAUACUAUCUACAGUGGAUGCUUGUAUGGUUUAGAUUUAUUUAACACACAUGAUGGAAUUCUUGAGACAAUUAAUACCAACAACAAAGAAUUUCCACUAGAUUUCUUAGUUACGGAUGGACAUCUGAAAAUGGAUACACUGAUUAAGAUGACAAAGUUCGUCAAUAAAGUGAUUGAAUUUUCCAGUUAUUCUGUGGACUAUGAUCAGAAAUAUUCGCCUGGAGGAAUCGCGGCUUAUUUGAGACACUUGUUAUCGCAAAGCUACCACCUUGAGACCAUUUUCAGUGAAAUAGAUAGUAGUAGUUCGUGGAACAAGAGAUUUUCUAAGCUUCAAAAAUUUCUCGGAACAUAUAAGCAACAAUAGAUUAUGUUAUUUGAAAAUACUUAUAUUUGCCUAAAUACUGUUUCCAAUAUUAAACGCUUGUGUUUAGUAAAAAUUUCAUUUGUAUUCACUUCAAUAGAUUUCUGUUUUAGUCUA